AUGUCAACAACAGAAUCUGAUGAUACUAUUCUCAACAUGUCAGGAAAUGCAGAAAGGUUAUCGUUAUGUUUUGCUAUUAGUCCAGAAGGCGAUUUCGUAGUCGAAUUUGGUAAAAUUCCUACAGAAUACCGAUUUACUGUA